CGGGGUCUUCCGGCUGAGCCGCGCCCCGGGCCGCCAUGGAGAUCAGCCACUCGGUGAAAGAGCGCACCAUCGCGGAGAACAGCCUGGUGCUGCUGCUGCAGGGCCUGCACAGCCGCGUCACCACCGUGGAGCUGCGCGACGAGAGCGUGGCCGUGGGCCGCAUCGUCAACGUAGACGCCUUCAUGAACGUCCGCCUGGGCGAGGCCACCUUCACCGACCGCCACGGCUGCGCCUGCCGGCUGCAGGACCUCUUCAUCACCGGCAGGAACGUCCGUUACGUCCACAUCCCCGACGAGGUGGACAUCCGGGCCACGAUCGAGCAGCAGCUGCAGCUCAUCCACCGCGUCCGCACCUUCGGCGACCGAGGCAAGGGCAGGACCGAGUUCCUUCGGCCGAAGCCAGCGGGCAAGUGACCUGUCCGGUGGCAGUCGGGCACGCGGAGAGCCGGUGCUGGAAAUCUGCUCGCUUCAGGAGAAAUGUGCCCGAGAAGACGCAUCGUUUUCUUGGUUAGUCCGGGGCUGCUUCCCUGCUCGGUGUGACCAAGCAGCUCCCAGACCAGUUCAAAGGGGAAUCGGAGGGUGACGUUCCUUUGUCAGAAUAUAAGCCACUGUCUACCAAUAAGAACAAUAUUUUCAGAGGCUUUUCUGUUAAUAUUCUCUCCCCACCAACCUCAAGAAUAAACUCGUAAGCUUUAAAAUUCAGACUGCCUGUUGAAGCAGGGAGGAGGUGGACGUCUUAUGAUCCCCCUGUUGAAGCGCUGUAUGGUGGAUGCCUUUGGAUUACAGUAAUUUCUAAUCAGACAGAAAUGGAAACUAAUUUUGCGCCUAAUGGGUUGGAUUUUCUGGAGUUUUUUCUAUUAGUUCGUUCUGAUUACAAAAUAAGCAAAGGAUGGUAAGCAAUGUCCCUCUUUUAUCUGCAGAAAACCCAGACACACAAAAAUGAAACAGCCCAGAAUUCCAGGGCCAGUUGUUCUUCACAUUACUUCCAAUCCCCUUUAUGGUCCCUGGCCUGUAAAAAAAACUGCCUAAAAAUAAUGAGGCUCUGUCAAUAAAACCAUGCCCUGUUCCUGCAUAUUUGAAGGCUGGAUUUAUGCAACACACUAGUUCUAGCAAAAAUGGAUUGCAGCGGGCGAUAGUAAUUAAGUAUGUUAUAGCAAUAUUAAUACUAUUAGGUCAUAAUUUGAUUUUGUUGGAAUGUUAUAUUUUGUUAACCUGAGUUAGGCUUUGUUGCAUUGUGUCCAUUAAACCACAGCAUGUCCUCUGGUAGUAGAUUGUUGCUUGCAAACUA